GCAGACGGCUUGCAACCCAAGACGAUCGAAACCUUCCGGCAGAUGAGGCUAGCCGACCCGCUCCUGCAGCGCGGCGUCCGAGUUUACGACAUAGCUUUCUGGAGAAGUACGGCAGACGAGUCGCUCCAUCGCCUGGGUCGCGAAGUUCACUACCCUCCGGUCAUCGAUGUCCUAGACCCGUAUAUCCUGCUUGUCCAUCAAGGAAUGGUGGAGAGCUUGUUUAUUGAGGAUAUGAAGAAACGAGGUGUUGAAGUCAGGAGAAACACGGCGUUCGACUCGUACAGUGUCUGCGACAGCAAGAAGGGAGCCCUGCAGGUGAAUUGUCGGACCAAUGUUACUCAGGAUCGAAAGUCGAUCCUCACCCAAUAUCUGGUUGGAUGUGGGUGCUCCACCCAGCCCCCUUUGCCCUAGAGGCUGAGCUGACACGGAGUUUCUAGGUGAUGGCGCCCAUUCAAAGGUCCGCAAGAGCAUUCCGGAUGCGCGACCCGUCGGCAUGUCCCAGUCGGCAGUGUGGGGUGUCCUUGACGGGGAGUUAAUAACGGACUUUCCCGACAUCUGGUCGAAGACGCUCGUGUACUCUCAAGAGCAUGGCUCCAUUCUGAUUAUCCCCCGAGAGCGAAACAUGACGCGGUUCUACAUCGAGCUGAAGAGCGGGCCCAAGGGUGACAAGCGCGAACUGGGUCAGGAAUUCGUCAUGCAACGCGCCAAAGAGAUCAUGGCGCCAUUCCAGGUCGAUUGGAAAUACAUCGAGUGGUUUGGUCGAUAUCAAAUCGGCCAGCGGGUUGCAAGCCGAUUCUGCGAUGCCCAUCAACGGGCGUUCCUGGCUGGAGACGCAAGCCACACACACUCACCCAAAUCCGCACAGGGAAUGAAUACGUCGAUGCAUGAUUCCUGGAAUCUCGGCUGGAAGAUUAACUUUGCAGUCCGAGGGCUUGCGAAGCCGGCGCUUCUGGAGAGCUACGAGGCAGAACGGAGAAAGAUCGCGCUGGAUCUGGUGAACUUCGACUACGAGCACGCGAACCAGAUUGCCGGAGGCGAUGCUGUUGCGUUGGCAGAGAACUUCAAGACAAAUGUGCGCUUCAUCUCGGGCAUUGGCGCCGAAUAUGGCGAGAACGCCAUGAACAUGCCAGAGAGCCCUGCAUGGGUGAUGGGAGAAGCCAAACCUGGUUGCCUUCUUCCCCCAGCCAAGGUUACCCGAUAUAUAGAUUCGAACCCCGUCGAUGUGCAGCUCGACAUUCCAAUGUUGGGCCAGUUCCGCAUCUAUCUGUUGAUGUGGGAUGUUCACCAGUCGCGCAUUUUCCUCGAGACUUUCUGCCAGGCAAUAGCCACUGCCGAAUCUCUAGUGAACCAGCUCUCGGCGGCCGCCAGUGUGUCGUACGCCAAGCAACCGCGCCUUCCAGCUCCUGAAGACCUGUACCUUCGACCGGAGAGGUAUACGGCAGUCAGCCACUUGUUUACCUUCGGAUUGAUCACGACCAUGCCCAAGAGCGAGAUCGAGGUCUCGGAUCUGCCAGCGUUACUACAGGACAGCCGCUGGACAUUCUAUCUUGAUAACGUCCCUGAGCAGGACACACGCGGUUCGCUCUGCACGAACAAGUGGCUGGGAAGCCUCGACCCCGGCGAAGUGGCCAUCGUCAACGUCCGUCCCGACGGAUAUGUGGGGUCCAUCGGGAGAUGGGACACUAAUGUUGACGACUCUGGCGAGGAAGCGGCCCGGUGGCUUGAUAGCUACUACGAUAGAUUCCUCCAGGUCCCGAAGCAGAGCUAGAAGUUAUACACUGAUGUAUUCAGUUCCAGCGAGGCCCCGAAAACGGAGAGUGGUAUAAAGGUAACCGCAGGGUGGAGAUGAUCGAUUCAAAUAUGGCAGAUAUAAAGCAGAGAGGCCAAGAAAAGGGGCGAACGAGGAGAAGAUUUAAGAAACGCGAAGCAUGGUAUUACUGCUGAGGCUCUUGGCGAUGGGCAUGGGGAAAAUCCUGGAGCGUUUUCGGUUGGCCAUUUGUUUUGGUCACGACUGGCGUAAUGGCGUAGAGUGUACGAUGCGAUAUACAGGACUCCGGGCCAUUUUUGGGGAUUUUCGUCUUAUUUUUCGGGUUUCUUGAAUACCUAGGUACCUACUUUACAAUCUACAAUACAAGCCUACAUGGAUGGGUGUUUUGUGA